UCACUAAUUGCUUGUUGUGUGUCAGGAGUGACUAGGCGUGUGUGUCACAUGUCAGCAGCGGCAGUUUGACACCUCUCUCAGAUCCACUCCACACAACCAGCCCGGGGCGACGCGGUAAUGGCGACCGGUGACAUCCAGCCAACCUUCGAGUCCCUGCUCAACCAGGCCACAGACCCUAAUAACCAGGAGGAUCAAUGGGACUGCAUUCAAAGCUUCUACCAGCUGGUCAACCAAGAGGAUGAUGGCCCACAGGUAGCCAUUCGUCUUCUUGCUCAUAAAAUCCAGUCUCCGCAAGAGAAAGAAGCUCUGCAGGCUCUCACUAUUCUUGAAGCUUGUAUGAACAACUGUGGUAAGAGGUUCCGCUGUGAAGCUGCCAAGUUUCGUUUUCUCAACGAGCUCAUCAAAGUCCUGACACCAAAGUAUUUCGGAGCAUGGACUCCCCAGAAAGUUAAAGACAGAGUGACUGAGGUCCUGUAUGGCUGGACGCUGUGGCUUAAAGAAGAACCCAAGAUUCAGGAAGCCUACCUCAUGUUAAAGAAACAAGGUAUUGUCAAAAAAGAUCCCAUACUGCCAGACAAAUUGAUUAUGGCUCCUCCAAAACAAAGAACCACAGAAUCUGUUUUUGACCAGGACGACAAAGCCAAGCUGUUGGACAGAUUAUUGAAGAGUGGACGCCCUGAAGACUUAGAAAACGCUAACAGACUCAUUAAAAGCACCGUCAAAGAGGAGCAGGAGAAGGCAGAGAAAGUGUCAAAACGUGAAUCCACUCUGAAAGAGGUGGAGAGCAGCACCAAGCAGCUCAGAGAGUUACUGGGACAGCAAACAGAUACUGGGAAGUCACUACAGCCCAGUGAUGACUUAAAGGCCUUGUACGAGCGCUGUGAUAGGCUGAGGCCCAGCCUGUUCCGCCUCGCCAGCGAUACGAUGGAGGAUGAUGCAGCCCUGGCACACAUCCUGGCAGCUAACGAUGAGCUGACAGUAGUCAUAAAUGCUUACAAAGACCAGGUGGGGAGAAAAGAGUGCAACGGUGGAACGGGCAGAAGUACAAGUAAAGAAGAGGUCGAGGGUAAAAAUAAUGUUCUUACAAGUCCCAGGGAGAUUAAGAGCUACCACCUUAUCGACCUCUCAGCGCUGGACUCACCUCAGACUCGCAGGAAAACUGAUUCACCUCCGCCUCAGUCCUCAUCACCCCUCUUCUUCUCCUCUUAUUUGGAAGGCUCUGACCAGGACUUCACUGAAUUAGAGGGAAGUAAUGUGGCCUCAAAAUGCAGCCCAGUCCAGGAGACUCCUACGUCUUAUUACGAAGAGUUAAUGCAGCUGAAUGGAGACUUGAUGAGCGGAGAUGAACUGAGUGGAGGUCGAGGUCCUGUGCUCAGAUCUCGUGGAUGUGGAGGAAAUGGAGUUUCAUCAAAUGAGACCAACAUGUGGUCACUUCCUCAAAAUCAUGAAUUUUCAGAGUGGGGGUCGCCAUCGAAGUCACAGAAACAGCUAAAUAAAGCAUCUACAUCUCCACUGAAACUAGAAGAGACCUUCUGUUUCCCAUUGCAGUUAAAAAACAUCUUUGUUCCAGUGGAAACCAUCAAACCCAGUCAUUUGGAGCCAGUCAAUGUAUACGAUCAUGGCGGCGUCCAUGUUUCUCUGCAUUUUGCCAGAGAUUCUCCUCCCGAUCACCCUGGUGUGGCUGUGGUGGUUCUGUCCACCGUCAACACCUCUGCGCUCAGUGUCACAGACUUCCAGUUCCAAGCUGCUGUUCCAAAGACCAUGUCAGUGAAACUGCAGCCAGCCUCAGGGACUCACUUACCUCCAUAUAACCCUCUGCUGCCGCCACCUGCCAUCUCGCAGGUGCUGUUAUUGGCCAAUCCACAGAAGCAAGUGUUGCGUCUACGAUACAAGUUGACUCUGACACACGGAGACCAGCGGAUCAAUGAGGGUGGACAGAUCGACACCUUCCCCGAGUGGACGGCUUUGAUUGGCCACUAAAGUCUUCAGGGACAUUCUGGAUCUGUAAACUCUUUUCUGUGCAGGAUCCAGACUGGAAAGAUAUAUUUAGUCUGCAGAGACAUCAAGACAGUGAAAGAAACAUGACCCAACUGCAUCUGACGACCAUGAGGUAAACAAAAAACACCGCAAGCUUUUCAGACUGCUUUUGAUUGGAGUUAGUUUGGCCCAUAUCACAAAAGAAGAUCUAUAAAAUCUGGAGUUACACAUGAAACAAUACAGGCAGGUUUGACUUUGGUAUUCAGAGUAUAUCUUGACCUUCUUGCUGCCUCCUGACAUUUUGUAUGCUUUUGUUCGUUUUUGCCAAUUCCCAAAGUGCAUUAAGAUACAAAGUGUUUUUAAUAAGUACGUAUUUAUUGAAUAGACUUCUAUAAGUUGAAGUUGCUGCUUUAAGGUGUAGUGGUAAUGAGAGAUGUAGCGGUACCUCUGCUCUGUUUUUACUUUUUAUACAAGUGUUUUAUUGACUUUUUACCUGAACCUCCUUUGAUAAAUAAUAAUAUCUCGGUACUUUUCUAAAGUCUUGAUUCACUGAACCAGUAUUUAUGGUCUUGAACUAUGAUGCUCCAUGACUUUGCAGAAUCAAUGAAUCUGUUUACUCCUCUGUUACUGUCAGGUUUAUUACAGCUGAGAAAAGACUGAACCAGGGCUUUGUUGGAUACGUCUGUGUGACUUAUGGACAGUUUGAAGGUUUACAUAGUUGUCUGACAGUGUGAUGAUUUGCAAUAUGUGCUGCCAUGACUUAGCAAUAAAUGUAAAUGCCUUCUGUAACACAGUGGAC